AUGCUUUUCAAAACAUGUUCCCGCUUAGUAAAAUUAAAUUUGAAAACUAUUAUGGAAGAGGAAGAUGAUUGGAGACAGUGUGCUGAAUGGUUAAAUAGAUGUCAAGUUAUCCCGGAUGAUCAUCCGGCUCUGGGGCCAGAUGGUAAUGCGAUUCACUUGGUUCAGGCCUUAAUGGACGGAGUUGCUUUAUGCCAUCUUUUAAGUACAUUAUCAAACCAUGAGUUGGAUAUAAGAUCGAUGAAAGAUUUUAGCCAUAUGCCACAAAAUUCUCAGUUUUUAUGUUUUCAAAAUCUUCGACUAUUUACACAGUUAUGUGAAAAAGAAUUUGAUAUUCCCAGAAAUUUGCUAUUUCAACCUGGUGAUAUUUAUCAUGCUAAAAAUUUUGGGAAAGCGAUUGCAACUUUAUCAAAAUUAUCAUACUCAAGAAGAGCACAGUUAACUGGAAUACCUGGUUUUCCACCAGAAAAUUCAAAGCUACAAUCAACUCAUGAAUAUUAUAAUAAUCUUGAGGAAAUCGCUGCUGCAAUGAAUAAAUUACCUGACUCUGGAAAACCAAAUUAUACUCAAAUGGAAGAGGAAAAUAAAGAAAAACUGUAUGAUACAGUGGUGUAUCAAGGUUCAAAAUCUCGUCUAAAUUUGGACUCUGAACCAACAACAGCACGAGCGUAUUGUAUUCGCGAAAUAGUUGAUACAGAAAAAAAUUACGUAGAUGUGUUGAAAAUGUUAAUUGAGAAGUACAAGCAUCCGCUUAUUGGAGUUCUUUCGCACAACGAAAUUGAAGAGAUUUUCAAGUACAUUGAGGAAUUACAUACUAUUCAUAGAGAGUUUUUAAGUAAUCUGAGUUUGGCAACUAGUGCAACUGUGAAUUUCCUUAGUUUAAGUGAUGUUUUUCUUAAAACUCGAGAUAAUCUUCUCAUAUAUGGAGAAUAUUGUGGUCAUUUACAACAUGCUCAAAAUUUAGUUUAUGAAAUUAUGCGAAAUGAUGUAGAAAAACGUAACAAAAUAGAAUUAUGUCAGUCAAAUUCAGAGAAAUACAAUAAAUUCGCUUUGGCUGAAUUACUUACAAUACCAAUCCAACGCGUUUUGAAAUAUCAUCUUCUGUUAGAGCAUCUAUGUAAACUCACUCCAGCUGAUCACUAUGAUCGUCCUGAUCUAACUGUAGCUCACGAAGCUAUGCGUGAAGUUGCAUUAUCUAUCAACGAUGUUAAACGAGAUCUUGACACGAUUAGCUCGAUUGAUCAAAUUCAAUCCAGUUUACUUGAAAUAAUGCUGCCUCCAGAUAAAAGGUUAUCAAGUUAUGGGCACUUGCAUAUGGAUGGAGAAGUGAAAGUUCUUUCUGAAUCAGAAAGCAAAGCGAAAACUAGAUAUUUAUUUUUAUUCGAUAAAAUAUUGAUUGUAUGCAAACCGAAGGGUGAUAGUUUUACAUUUAUGUUCGCUUAUCAUGUUGUAAAUGGCCAAUUCCAACGAGUUACUUUAUCAAAUAAAAAGGGAUAUUCCUAUGGAUUUACUUUACCAAUUUUGGGUGAUAGAGAUUCGCCAAAUCUUACUUUCUUUACAAAAUCCGAAGAAUUACGUACAGCUUGGAUGAAAGCUGUAAUGGCUGCAUUGUCUAAUCUUUGUCCACCUGGAGCGAAAGACCGAGGUUACAACUUUGAAAUGUUCACAUUUAAACAACCUACUUAUUGUUGUAUCUGUAAUAAAUUAAUCACAGGAAUGUUCUUUCAAGGUUAUCGUUGUCGAGAAACAAAUCGAGCUGCACAUAAAAGUUGUCUUGCCAAUCAUAAUCUUCCACUGCGUGGUAUGGCUAAUCCACAUAUUAAUGGAGUUCCUCCAAGUGCCCCACCGCCAUUACCUCCACAGAUCAAUACAGUACGUAGUCGACGUUCUCAUGUAACGAUGGGAAGUGUGCCAUGUACACCUGGAAACAACUCAUUAUCUAAUUCAGAAUCAUUUGACUUCUCACAGUUAACUGAUACAUUAUCUUCUGUGAACCACUGGCUUGCAACUGAUCAUAACAAUCUGUCGAAUGUCACUUUACAACGUAACCGACGUAUAUCUUCAGGUUUACCUACAUCAAGUAUUCCUCCAGUGAAUCCAACUUUUGCUAUAGCACGAAAAGCAUAUGAUGGUGAUCCUCUCCCACCAUCAGGUAGUCAUCCUUUGAGAUUAUCAAUUGGAGAUCAAGUUGAAUUGAUCAAAUGGACUGAAGGCUCAUCAUGGUGGCAGGGUUAUUGUGAUGGGUCUGAAGGUUGGUUCCCUGCUAAUCUCGUUGAAAUGGUGGUGAAUAAUAAAAUGAAUAAACCAAGCAGUACAAGAUUUUCUCAUCAAGUAUCUUCAUCGUCUAGUUCUGAUCGAACACCAGUUUUUAAUAAUAAUAAUUCUUCAGUUCAGAAACCUUUCUUUUCACCAAAUGAAACGUCUCCAUCCAACUUACCUUUAUGUACAAUAGCAAAUAAAACUUUAAAUAACAGUCUAUCGCCUAUCGUCGGUAAUAAUUAUAAUAAUAUUCCUAGUCCUCCUUGCUCAUCAUUAACAUCUCUUAUCCCAGUGAAUAUGAAUAUAAAUAAUUCAUAUCCUCCAUUAAUGUUUCGACGUUUGAAAAAGCGUAGUUUAUCAGCUUUGGAAAUUCCCGAAUUAUCUCAGUGUAUUGAUUUAGUUCCAUCAGUAUUGUCAACUACACAAACUGCAACAGUUAGUGCAACAGUCACCUCGAGAUUUGAAAAUUUUCCAACAGAUCUAAUGAUGGACCAUUCACAUUACUUUCUGUCGACUUUUCCCUGGUAUGUUGGUGAAAUGGACAGACUUGAAGCUGUUAAUUUAUUAAGUAAUUGUAUUGACGGUACAUUUCUUGUACGUCUGUCUAAAAGUGCUGAAAGAAUGGGAGAAUACUCACUAUCUGUUGUAUACGGCCAUCCACGGCAUAUUCGUAUACAGCGUUUUUCAUCAUCUGAUAAUUCCUGUAUUACAUAUGGUCUUUGUGAAUUAGAACAAUUCCCAAAUAUACCGUGCGUAAUUGACAACUACUCCAAAGUGUCGUUAAAUCGGUGCUUCGAUGAAGUUGACAUCACAUUACUUUAUCCCUACCAGAAGUGUCCUUCAUCACCAUUGUUCUAUGUUCGUGCAAAUUUCGAUUUUCAUGAUACGUCUAAUAGUCGUUUCUUGAAUUUGAAAGGAGGUGAUCGAAUUGCUGUAGUUAGUCGUGCAGCUGAAGACAGAGGCUGGUGGAAGGGAUGGUUAAAUGGUCGUAUUGGAUUCUUCCCCAUGUCUUUUGUGACAAGAGAGCUAUCUGGAUGA